CUCCUUCCGGCGAGCCGGCACCCCCAACCAACCGCAACCGCCUCCUCCGCCCUAUAUGAACCCACGCUCCACCACGCGGCAGACACAUCCGCUCCAGGCCUCCAGCAAUACACCAUUCCAGCUCCACCACGCGGUCAACAGACGAAACAACACAUCCGGAUCCAAAACUCCCAGCCUCCCACAGCUCCGCCGCGGCUCAUCCCCGUCGAUCGACCUUGCGAUCGAUUCCGUUUCUUGCCGCGCGUGCGCGCACAGCACAUCCAUGGCUGUCGCCGGAGGAGGAGGAGGAAUGGCGCUGAGCCUGCGGGCGCCGUCGACCUCGGCGUCGCCGGCGGUGGGGCGGCUGCGUAGGGCGGCGUCGUCGCCGGCGGUGAGGUGCGGGGCGACGCGGGAAAGGUGGCCGGCGGCGGCCCCGUACAGGGUGCUGGAGGAGGACCACUACCGCACUCUGAGGCUGCAGCCGGGGGCAUCCAGGGGCGAGGUCAAGAAGGCCUUCCACCGCCUCGCGCUGCAGUACCACCCGGACGUCGUGCGCCAAGACGACGGCAUCGACUUCGAGCGGAUCAACGCGGCGUACCAGAAAGUGAUGAGCAACAUGCGGGAGGCGGAGGCGACGCUCGAGUACUGGCGCCGCCGCUACGGCCUCGCCGACGAGGACCUCGACCGCUACCGCCACUACCUCAACGAGGAGGACGAGGACGACUGGUUCUCCGACUUCAGAAGUCUCAAGGGCCGCGUGCACGGCCAACGGCCAUUCCUGGCAUGGCAGAGGCGGCAGCGCUGUAAAUAAUUUGUGAAACGUGGCUCUCUGCUUCUCUCCCCUGUUUUAUUGUGGAGGGAAGAAACGUAGAAAGAAAUUCAGGGUUCAAACAAAGUGUAAUUGGAACAUUUUCAAUUUCCUUGUCAAUACAAUAAAACAUAACAGGAGUUGAUCUAG